AUGGCAAAGUCCGCUCCUGCGAAGUUUACCCUUUAUACUUCCACUGCUUCCCAGUGGGCGUAUGUUCCGCACCUGGCACUCGAUCAGAAGGGGUAUAAUUCUGACGAAUACAUAACCCGACAAAUUGACCUUGUGGAUGGGGAAAAUUUUGCUCCUGAAUACGUCAAAAUUAAUCCGAACGGGACAAUCCCGUCUUUAACAUCAACAUCUCUGCAAAAACCAUUGAUUGAAAGCACGGAAAUUCUGAGCUACUUGGACUCGCUUCGUCCAGAAGGACCUUCUUUAUUCCCUAAAGAUGCCAAACAACGGUCUAAAACCGAGCAGUUGAUUGCACAUGUGCAUCAGUCAAAACUUUCCACAAACCUCAUCCUCCUUCAGGCACGCGAUCCGCAGGAAUUAAACGCGAAGAGAAACAGUCCUUGGAAAGAUUUCAUUGCCAAUAGGCAAAAAAAACUUCUUAAAUACAGUGUUUCUCACCCGGAGAUACCGCUUUAUAUUUCUCGCACGCACGAAAAUGGAAAACUGAACCAACUCUACAACGACAAUGAGAUUGGAACGGAACAUGAACUUUUUUUUCACGAUUCACAUCAGGGCUAUAGAGAUUUCGCAACAGGUCUUAACGAACUUGAUUCGAUGCUCGUUCUCCCUUACGCGGCCGGUGACAACAUCACCGCCGCCGAUUUGCACAUUGUGCCCUGGUUGGCUCAUGCUUUGUGGGGUGCUGGUGGGAAUGCGAUAUAUGAUUUUGAACCUCUAGAGAAGCUCAUACAGAAAACUGUUCCAGAUUUUGUGUUUGGAGAAAAGACGAAGACAUGGUGGAAAAACAUUUCCACGGUAGAUGCGUUUAAAAAGAGCUACCCCUUCCUACACUAA